AUGGAUUCUAUUAGCCUCUCCAGCAACUGGAAGAAGUUACAGGCCACUCUUACAAAAGGCAGCGCCUCGACUGCGGUAUCAACAACAAAACGCAAGAUCUCGGACCGAGACUCGGUGAACGCUACCGUGAAGAAGCGCAAAUUUACCGAGAAAGAUCAGUCCAAAGCACGUGUGUUGAAGACACCGUUCAAGCGAAAGAAGAUGGCAGAUAGUACCGAUACUACGUCUUCUUCCAACUCUGCUGCUACUGGCUCGCGCAGAAGGUCUAGCGCUGGAGUUUCGUCAAAAACUGAGACCAGUUCAAAGGAAAAUGAAGGUCGCUCAUCAACUGCGGAGGUUGGAAAAUAUGUCGCCAUGGAUUGUGAGAUGGUGGGUGUCGGGCCAAACCCAGACAACGACUCCGUUCUUGCGCGCGUCAGUAUCGUCAACUUCAACGGCGAUCAGGUCUAUGAUUCAUAUGUCAGACCCAAAGAGAUGGUGACGGAUUGGCGGACGCAUGUUAGCGGUAUUGCACCAAAGCACAUGGCGGAAGCACGAACUCUCGAGCAAGUCCAAAAAGAAGUGGCAGCGAUUAUGGACGGACGCAUUCUUGUCGGCCACGCUGUCAGCAACGAUCUGGACGCAUUGCUUCUAAGUCACCCUAAGCGCGAUAUCCGAGACACAAGCAAACAUCCGGAAUACCGAAAGCUUGCGGGCGGUGGUUCCCCUCGACUGAAAAUGCUUGCUGAGCAUUACCUCGGUCUGAAGAUCCAAGAAGGUGCUCAUUCCAGUGUGGAGGACGCCCGGGCAACAAUGGCUCUAUACCGGCGGGAAAAGGACGCUUUCGAGCGAGAACAUCUGAAGAAGUGGCCGGUACGGAAAGUUCAAGAGAACAAAGACAAUGGUGAUGGCCAGAAGAAAAAGACGAAGAAGAAGAAGAAGCAGCAUCGCAAGCGAUGA